UUUAAUCUUAUGCUCUACCGGACCAAUUCUAAACCAUACGUCUGAAGCAAGAAACAUGCUGCUCAAAGUUGUUUUAUUUCUGUGCAUUAUCGGGAACGUUCAUGCAUGGUGGGAGUUAGUUUUCAAAGUUGUGACCGGUGGACCAUUUGGAGCUUAUGAUUUAUUCGUAAAUAAUGGCACUCGCAAUAUUAACAACUUGGCAGCCCAGCAACUGACAAACCAGGUUUUGGAUCAUUACAAAUCUGAUGUCAUGGACGAUAUGCAUUCCAACGGCGUAACUAAGAUAAGAGUAUCCUACUACUUUGGGGGCGUUGAAGCUCAAUACUUUGUUUUUGACGCCGUAGGAGCCACCAAAACUGGAUGGUUCAGUCGAAAUCGCUUGUUGGAGACAAGUUAUGACAUCGCGGCACUUGCUACAGCAGUAGGAAAAUGGGGGGAAUAUUUCAACAUCGAGGGUGAUACAGUAAGCACUUCAUCAAUUCACCGACAUUUUUACGUUAACGAGGGAUAUUACGGGUGCUCAGGAGAUCUGGGUUGGACCCUCAUCGUCGAUGGACCUGGACCUUGUUCAAUGGAAUCACUACCUACAACCGCUGUUUAUUUCGUUAAUACACCAUCAUAUUCGUUGAUGCCUGGAACUACGGCUGAUUUUAUGGCAGUAUUUGUAGAAAAAGGUACAUGUAUUUCUAGUGGGAUCAGUACAUCUAAAGAAUAUCUGUUGAUCAACGAGACAGAAGAGAUUCAGCAGAAAAUAAACGCAAUUAAGACAAACUUAACAAUACCAGUGAACACUACGUCACAGUAUCACCGCAGUAAAACAUGCGCAGAAGAUGAACGUAUGACAUCACGUGCCAUAGGAUUUGUACUUGGAGUUGGUCUUAUUUCGGUCUUGUCUGCUCUGAUCCUAUUUCCCGAUAUCCAUACAUUGAUUCGCCAUGCUAUGGAACGAGUUUGUAAGAAAACAGGUCAAAACAAGCUGACUAAAUAAGUGAAUAUCUAGCUGCCGUUAGAGUUGUGCUGUUGUAUUAUUGCUGGAGGCAUAUACUUUAAUAAUAAAAGUUCUUCUCAUUGCCAGGGGAUUCACAUUUGGUAUUAAUCUUAUUUCGGUUUCAACUGAUCUGAUUCUUUUCUUUCCUUCCAGACAUUGAUUCGCUUUACUUUAAAACGAGUUUGAUAAAGCUUAACCUUUUUUUUCGUAGGCAUUAGUCCAUGGAGAUAGCUUAGGUCUCAUAACAUUACGAGGGUUGUUCGGAA